AUGGUACCUUCCCGAGGCCCCGGUUCCGGCCCCACCUGCCAGGCCCGGGCCGCCCCGCCCCCGCAGCGGCCGGUUUCCAUCCCGGGCUCCACACCCCGCGCUCGCCGCCACCGGGGGCCUGUCGCUCGCGACCUGUUUCCGGUUGAAGAUGACAGUGAUUCAGAGACCUUUGGAGAAGAGAACGAGGAACAGGGACAUUAUUCUAAAAGAAAGAUAGUCUCUAACUGGGAUCGAUAUCAAGAUACUGAAAAAGAGGUCAAUAAUGAAAGUGGAGAAUCACAAAGGGGGACAGACUUCAGCGUGCUCCUCAGCUCCGCAGGGGACUCAUUCUCACAGUUCCGGUUUGCGGAGGAGAAAGAGUGGGAUGCUGAAGUGUCGUGUCCAAAACAGAAUUCAGCAUUUUAUGUGGACUGUGAGUCAUUGGUCCGUGCCCUGCAAGAGCUGCCCCUCUCACUCCGCCUCAAUGUUGCUGCUGAAUUGGUCCAGACCACCCUCCCUUUAGAGCUUCCUCAGGUGAAACCAAAGAGAAAUGAUGAAGGCAAGGGACUAGGGAUGCAGUUAAAAGCACCCCUGGGGCCUGGAGGAAAAAGGUCUGUCUCUGAGCUCAAGUCUGCUGCUGCUGGCUGCCCCGUGUCCCUGGGUAAAGAUAGCCCAAACCCGGGUCCCACCAACGGUUCCCGGGAACCCACGGCCCCACUGCAGUCGGGAGCAGGCCACUUGGAGGAAGAAUUAGAUCUGCUGCUGAGUUUAGAUGCACCUGUAAAAGCGGAAGAGAACAUCUCAACAGACCAGCUGUCUCAGGACCAAGAAUCUGAGAAAAAUGGGGAGGUGGCCCCAGAAGAAAAAGGUCCUGCAGAGCCCUCUGUGAUGGAAGAAAAGAAGGCGGAAUCAGAGCAAGCAAGUACAUCAAAAACUGUUACUGAGGAAGAGCUUGAAGACUGGUUGGAUAGCAUGAUUUCCUAACAUAAAGAAAGAAAAUGGAAAAAAAAAAAGUGCCUGAAGCAAAUUUUGGUUGCCUUGUCAGUAAGGGUGGGCCAGGGGCCCCGAGCAGCUGGUUCACAAGCAUGCCCCACACCUGUGCGUGCCAUCACGCUGGCGGCACCUCUGUGUCCCCAACAUCCGAGCCUAUGCCUUUAAGAGGCUCCUUGCAAUUGUUCUCUGGCUUAGUGAUCUGAUCCCUUAAGGGCUGGGGAUGUUAGGGCUCUUGUUUCCAGCCUCCUUCCUUUCAGCGUUUGCAGCAAAGCAGGUACUGCUGAUAGAAUAGACCCAAGCAACAAGGCAUGCGAUUGGCCAAAAUAAAUGAACGCAGGUGUACUGGA